GGAGCAUAAAACAUAACAAUAUGGUGGCGGCGACGUAUAGUGAAAGAUGUGACUAAUCCACAGCUUGUUGCCGUCCUCACGUUUUCCGGUUCCCCCUGCAUUUUUUCCAAGCUUCCCUUCUGCUGGCGUGACAUUCCCCAGUCCCACCCCCGCGCACUCCUGACAUUGUUAUUAUCAUCUCCGAGUUGAAAGCCUCCACAGCGCGUCCGCGUCCCUUCAAAUCUGUCUGUGCCCGCUGAACUACAUACUUGUUGUGUUGACUUUUCCGUCGGAAUUCUCCAAUCCUGACAAACAUUCACCAGUUUGACUAAAAUGCAUUUGAGGUAUUACAAAGACGUAUGAAAGGAGAAUGCCAGCAGAGUCAUGUUUGAACCCGACCUUCUAGAGUUGCAAGAGUUUGCUGUUUGGGUUGUGUCCUUCUCGGUGUUCAUCAUGUUGGUUGCGUUCUUCGGAUGUGUAUGCGGAUGCAAGAAGAAGAAUGGGGACAAGGAUGACUGGCUUGGGAAGGAAGGGAAGCUGAAACCUCUUAACAAUCUGGACGAAGAUCAAGCCUUGCAAUCAAAUGGCGAAGCGCAAAGGGUCGCUAAUAGAGCGUCGACUGCAAAUAGAAGUUUACCCGACAUUCCAAUAAACGAGCUGCGAGACACAGACCCGACUUGGGACUUGAAUCAACUUACGAACACCUCGGACAACUGCUCAGAGCUCUACGCCACCGUAGGAGAGACCCCAAAUUCCGAAUUGGAGGCCAAAAGCAAGAAGCGUCAGGCUCCCAGCAUUCCAAGCCCGGAAAACAGUCCCUCUGAAUCCGCACCCGUCGGCUCCAAGGUUUUGGCUCACCAGUACGCCAAACUCAGCCACCCUUAUGCGAGGGUGAAACCACCCCCUCCGAAGAAUGACGCCUACGCUUCAACUAGCACUGUUACUCAGCCGUCGAUGGAGUUGGAGAGCUCGGAAAACACUCCAGGCACUCAGGGAGGGUCCCAGACAACCCUGUCCUCUGGUACGGACCAGCCAAUCCCUCCGCCCCGCACAAGACGCUCUUCUUCGCAAAGCAAUUUGUUCCACGCAUCCAGUUCGUCGCCAACAGUGACGAUGGCUCGUAGUGCCAACACGCUGCCCUCGUACCCCGCCUCCUCAUCGCCUGCUUUGGUGCUGGACUCGAUACCCGCCGGCCCUGCCAUCAUGGGCAAGAUUUCUGCCAGCCAAGAGCUGCCCUACAUCACGCUACCAAUUGAUAACGCACGCUCCAAUCAUGUACCUGUUGAUCUCCCAAACGCUGAAGGCGAAGUAGGUGCUGUUGGGAAUGACGUGGCUGACAAUGCGGGUGCUGCUGAUGAUGUGGACCAGAGAAACCCAGGUGCUGGACAUUUCAGUGGCGACUCUCAGGAUUCGAGUAAGGGCUACACGAGCAUCAGUGUGCGAGAACCACUUGCGAGUAUCAGAGCUCAGACCGGACAACUGAGUCGACGGACUGAUCCUCAUUAUGCCACCGUUUCUGACGAUUCUGAUGAAAUGUAUGCUGCUAUCGAAGACCGGUCAGGCAGUGACACAUAUGCCCAAAUCGUGCCUCUGCCUCAACAGCAGCCACCUCCGCCAAGCGUCGACAGCUUGAGGAAUACUUUGGCAGAAAAUCACUCGCGUCAAGCGUCGUCGUCAAGCGCCGCGAGCACGGCAGCAACAGUAGGAUCUCCAAAACCUGAGAAAAGGCAGGCCAAUUCACCGCUACCCCCGCCCCCCGCAGUUCCUCCCCCCAACGUCUCUCCCCCGCUAACCCCGUCUCCUUUGCCCCAGAGUAAGCUGGAAGAAAUGUACGCAAAAGUGAUCAAGAAGAAAGGCUCAAAAGAGAGCACCCCGACGCAUUCUGCCGCGAAGGAAGGUGCGUCGCGAACGGAGCCAGGCCACGCUAGCCUGGAUUUGAACUCUGGCUACGAGAGCCUGCCGAGUGGGCGGCCCCCUGUGGAGCCCAAUUACGAAUCCAUGUCCUCCAGCAUCCCGGACAACGACUCUGCGUCCGGUUACGCGGUAGUCGCGCUGAAAAACCCAAACUACCCCGGAUACGAGGAGGUUCGAAAUUCAAACAGAACCUCUUUCCACCAGCAGAGCGACCCAAAUUACGAGGAACUUGGGCAUAAAAGCGACUCUUCCGUUCACGAGCCAAACUACGAAAUGCUCAACGGCGAGCCCAACUAUGAACCUCUAAAAUCCAACUCUUCAGCUCAAGACGAUCCAAAUUACGAGAGUGUUUUGAGUUUGCGAGAGCCUCCGUAUGAACAGCUAGAUAAAAAGGCCACUGAUAGUUCCGGUGAUUUAAUAUACGCGACAGUUAACAAAAGUAACAAGAAAGCUUUAUAGCUUGCACUAUGAGACUGCUUAAACUUGUAGAAUUCUCGACACCAACUUUUGGCAGCCAAAUAAUAGUAAUUCAAACUUCUUGUGAUAACAAAAACUCUUCCAAUGUGAUUCUAUUUGUAAUAAUAUGCGCUUCUGUCCAAAAGUUGACGCACCGCAAUACUAAGCAAUACUAAUUACUCUUUGCAGCUUACCGGGCGCAAAGAUCCUCUUGAAAUUAGCUCAUUUCUCUCUGGGUAGCAAAAAAUAAUUCCAUUUUUCUCGUGCCACACACUAUUUUGCUAUCCAAAUCUGUGCUCAACUAACAUAGUGCUACGGGCUCUGAAUUCCCCUGAUUUUCUUGAUAUGGCGUAAGAAGUGGUAAAUAAAUGAUAUUGCAGGUUUAGAGAAUUAGGAAAGCCUAGUUUUUUGUCUAGCCUGAAUCUUGAUGAAAAGCAAAAUAUUUGAUUGUACAAUACAAAUUUAAAUUUUGUAUAUUCAGAAUUAUAUUGGAACUAAAAUAGAUCUUUCAUCUCGAAA